UAAUUUAUUAGCUACUAACAUGUAAAUAUCGACUAAAGUAUUCCUAAAAUUUGGUAGAUUUCUCUUGAUAGAUUCUACAUAAAUGAAUGUAGAGCAGUUCAGGCUAUGGCAGUUAUAGUGAUUUCAAGUUGCAAAGAAGAUUAUGACAUUCGCUGUGAAGAAUUUGCGAAGUUUCGUAAGAAAAAUCAUAGUUUAAUCAUUACAUCUAUUUUCUUAUAGAAAUUCAUAGAAGAAUAUGAAAAAAUAUCUGAUGAAGUUUCUGAGUGGAGAUAAUUAAUAUCUUCUACAGCUUAUGAACAUACGCGCAUAAUUUAAAGAAAUGAAGUGAUAAACAUAUUAUACAUGUAUAUGUAUAUUAUACACACAGAAGGCGUGUAAAAUGAAAAGUAUAAAAACAAGAAUUUCAUAGGUACAGACUUUGACUUUCAUGGACUUCUUUGAAAUAAGAAUUGAAAGUAUAAUCAUAACAAUCAUAAUCAAUUCUUACGUUGAUGUUCAAAGUUCUUUCAUUACGUAAAAUAUCGUAUUUUUUUUCGCAAUCUAUAUGUAAGUGUAUACAUCAGACACGCUACAAGUGCGACCAUGGAUCAACCUCGAGGUGUAUCAUUCAACAAUGCCGAUGCACGAACAUAUUCAGUGGUUCCGAAUACAUCAUUUAUAUCGAUUAAGGAUGAAAGUCGUGAAUUAAUGGCUGUAUGGCCCGAUAUCGUACGUGAUCUCACGGAUGCUGGUCGUCAUCUUGACAUACCAGAUGUUACCAAAUGGCUAAUGAAGGUAUUGCAAUACAAUGUUCCAUGUGGAGGGAAGAAUAGAGCGUUAACGGUUGUAGAAGCAUACAAAUCAUUAAGUCCUCCCGAUCAAAUAACGGAAGAAAAUCUUCGUUUAACUCGUAUACUAGGCUGGUGCACAGAAUUGUUGCAAGCGUUCUUGCUGAUGGUAGAUGAUAUUCAAGAUCACUCAGAAAUGCGACGAAAUCAACCGUGCUGGUAUCUAUACAAUGACAUUGGAUUAACGGCUAUUAACGACGCUUUAAUGCUGGAAAUGUGUAUAUAUCAGCUCCUUAAGAAACAUUUUAAGACAAAAGAAUGUUAUGUAAAUCUCUUAGAACAAUUUCUAUCCGUUUCUUUAAAAACGGAAAUGGGUCAAUGUCUAGAUUUAUUAUCAACAAAUUUUGGAAAGAAACCGAAUCUAGAUCUAUUUACAAUGGAUAGAUAUAAUUCUAUUGUGAAAUAUAAAACAGGUUACUAUACGUUUGUGUUACCAGCCACUGCUGCUAUGAGUUUUGCUGGUAUAACAGAUCCCGAAAUGUAUAGGCAAGCAAAAACAAUUUUGUUAGAAAUGGGACAUCUUUUUCAAGUAAAAGAUGAUUAUUUAGAUUGUUAUGGUAGUAUAGAAGACAUUGGAAAAACUGGUACAGAUAUAGCAGAGGGAAAAUGUUCAUGGCUUAUUGUUGUAGCUUUACAACGUGCUACACCAGAGCAAAAGAAAAUUUUUGAGGAGUGCUAUGGACAAUCUGAUGUAGAAAAAGUAAAUCGUGUAAAACAACUCUAUCAGGAGCUUGGUAUAUCAAAUACUUAUGCUAUUUACGAAGAAGAAACAUAUAACUUACUACAUACACAUAUACAACAAAUAUCUCGUGGACUUCCACAUGAUCUCUUCUUAAAGUUACUUAACAGAACAUGUCGUAAAAUAGGUCGAAAGGACUAAUUAUAGAAUUAAAAACGACAGAUAUUAAUUAUUAUUAUAAUUUAAGGAAAUACAUAUGUGUUUGUAUUUUCUUCUCUCUGCGACAGAGAUUAAAUAAGGACCAGUAACACUUUACCUUUAAUGAUUAAAUUCUGUCGUAACAAGAUAAGAUCAUAAACAGAGACAAUAAUUUCUUACUACAAAUACAUUGUUGCUGAAGUGCACAAUGUUAAUGAAAAUGCAAAUGAUAGAGAAAUGUUAAUUCACAGUUAAAAAGGUGUAAUAUUUUAUAUUUUAUAUGGUAUAGGAGAUAUAUUUCAUACGAUGUUUUAUAUGAUACAUUUUUUUGACAAGUUGCAUCUUUUUUAUUUGAAAACAACUGUAUAAACUUAACAUUUUCGUUUAUAUGUUUAAAAGAUUAAUAAAAGAGAUUUUAAGAUGA